GAAACACAGAUUCAAUUUCGGGAGCGCAGUAAAGGACGGAUACAACGUCAGCUAGAAAUAACUGGAAAAAGUACUACAGAUGAAGAACUGGAAGAGAUGCUGGAGACUGGAAACCCAGCAAUUUUCACUUCGGAUAUCAUUUCAGAUUCCCAGAUUACAAGGCAGGCUCUAAAUGAGAUUGAAUCACGGCACAAGGAUAUCAUGAAGCUGGAAUCUAGCAUACGGGAGUUACAUGACAUGUUUAUGGACAUUGCCAUGUUAGUGGAAACUCAGGGUGAAAUGAUAAACAACAUAGAGAAGAAUGUUGAAAAUGCUGCUGAUUAUAUUGAACAUGCCAAAGAAGAAACAAAGAAGGCCGUAAAAUAUCAGAGCAAGUCACGCAGGAAAAUGAUCUUCAUAAUCAUCUGUGUGGUCGUCCUGGUGUUAAUUCUUGUAAUCAUCCUGGCAACGACACUGACUUAG